AUGCGGGAGGCGAUUCCGGAUGCUGGGCUCAGCGCCUGCAAGAAGGGCAAGCAGAAGCUUUGGCGCUGCUCAGCGAGAUGUGGAGGCGAAACUGAAACAAGACACAGCUACAGCGCUGGGAUCAGCGCCUGCGGAGUAAGCGAGCAGUUGCGGCAGCGGGCGGUGGCGCUGCUCAGCGAGAUGCGGGGGGCGAAGCUAGAAGCGGACGUCAUCAGUUUUAGCGUUGGGGUCAGCACGUGUGAGAGGGGCUGGCAGUGGCAGCGGGCCCCAGCGCUGCUCAGCGAGAUGCGGGAGGCGAUCCUGGAGCCCAGUGUCAUUUCUCCAGGAUUGCAGACAUAUGUGCGUCUGAAAAGGGCGCUGUCUUGGUAG